ACGACCUCUUCUCGGUGCCACGCCCAUUUCUCUUCCCGGCAAGCCGGCGGCAGUUGGUGAGCGAAAGGGCGAGGCGGCGCGCGAGAGCGCGCAUGCGCACGCCCACACAGGAGCAGAAGCGGCGCCCGUGAGGGGGAAAAGGAGCCGAGGAGAAAGAGGAGUGACCGAGCGCCUGGGGGGAGGGGCAGCCAGCCAGCCAAGGCAGCGGCAUGGCGGCUGGGCGCGAGCCGCCGCUGCUGCCGCCGCCGCUUUCUCCGUCUUCUCCUCCUCUACCUCGGUUCCCCGCUGUCGCCGCCGCCCUGGCCGCCGCGGCUCAGGCGCCGAGGCCCGCCGCCACUGCCCGCCACCUCCUCCUGCUGCCCCACUGACCGCCUGAGAGGAAGAAAGCGACGGACGGACACGCGGAGAGACACAGAGAGACAGACUGAGCCUCGCCCGGCCCGGCCAUGGAGCUCGCCAAGCCGGGCUUCCCUGCGCUGCCGCAGCCCAAAGAGGACGCCGAGGAUUGGACAUACCCAAUGAGAAGAGAGAUGCAGGAAAUUUUGCCUGGGUUGUUCUUGGGUCCAUAUUCUUCAGCUAUGAAAAGCAAGCUACCUAUACUUCAGAAACAUGGAAUCACCCAUGUAAUAUGCAUACGGCAAAAUAUUGAAGCAAACUUUAUUAAACCAAACUUCCAGCAAUUAUUUAGGUAUUUAGUCUUGGAUAUUGCAGAUAACCCCGUUGAAAAUAUAAUAAGGUUUUUCCCGAUGACUAAGGAGUUUAUUGAUGGGAGUUUACAUACUGGAGGAAAAGUUCUUGUCCAUGGGAACGCAGGGAUUUCUAGAAGUGCUGCCUUAGUUAUUGCUUAUAUUAUGGAAACGUUUGGAGUGAAGUACAGGGACGCAUUUACAUAUGUGCAAGAAAGAAGGUUUUGUAUUAAUCCCAAUGCUGGAUUUGUUCAUCAACUUCAGGAGUACGAAGCCAUCUAUCUAGCAAAAUUAACUAUCCAGAUGAUGUCACCACGGCAGCUAGAGCGAUCACUGUCAGUUACUACAGGAAGUCUGAAACGAACUCAUGAAGAAGAUGAAGAAAUCAGCAAUAUGCAACCCGCAGCUCAGAAUGGUUGACACCAAGGGCACUGUGGACUUGCUGGCUGAGAAUUUCUAUUCAUGGCAGCUGCUAAUGUCAGCAAGAUAAAACAACCAGAUUUUUUUUAAAAUGGGAGAUGAAUCCAACUUCCUUAUGCAAACCUGACAACAUUUUUAAGGUAUUGGAUUCCUUGACUAACUAGAUGGCACUGAUUGUUUUACUCUUUUUUUUUUACACUUUAUAGUUUUACUCUAAACCAAGACUUUGGACUUGCAAAGAGGUAUUAUUGCAAUAAUGCACUUUUCAUACUUGAAAUUUCUUUAUUUGUAUUGAUAAAGUUAUUACUUAAGCAAAAUGCAAGUGGGGGAUGAUUUGUUUAUAAAGUUAUUUGUGUAAUUUAUAACAAGAGUCUUUAGUAAAAAAGGGGGAAAAACAAUUUCCUAAAUUCA